AUGGGAGAAUUGCGCGAUAAUGCCUCGAAUACGCGCUCAAUCUCCACUGCUCGAACCUGGAGUCUACUUACAGAUAAUGGCACAUUUCCACUUUCUUACUUUUGUCUAAGUUCUGAUAUUAUCACCCCUCCUAUCGUACACCUUUUACAGAGCUCCGGCAACACACGCGUUCGCCUAAGCUUCGCAAUUCUGAACCAUCCACUCACAAGAAAUAAAAAUAGGAGGAAGAUGCUCGCUAUUAACCGCGUCUUUCUGGCACUUGACCAUGUCCUCGUUAUUUUGAAUGACUGGGCAUUGUUCGCAGUUUUAGUAAGCCAAGUAUACGCUUUUUCGCAGCCUGUUGACCAACCUAGUACUAGGUUUUCGUGUUUUUUUGUCUCCUACCUAUACUUUACGGACAGACCGUCUUUACAGCCAGAAAAUUCUUCCUAUCUAGAUGAUGGCUACAUUGGCUAUAGAGAUAUCUAUCUUGCAUCUUUACUUUUUGAUCUUCGGGCUCGCCAGCUCACGGUUUUGUCGUACCGUGUGGAUGAUAAGAGGAUCCACGGCAAGUGCGGUUCUCUGAACCUCACAUACCUAAUUAAGGUUCUCAUCAUUACAAAGCUUCUGGUGGCGACGAAGAAGAAGAUGGGCGCGAUAGUCAUCUCCGGUAUUGGCUUAGGCAUCUGCUUGUCCCCCCACUGGUGA